GCCCCCGAUCGAGAUGCCAGUGUCAAUAAUAGUGAUCAUGCAUCGUUUCUCCAUCCCUAUUCUGCUUGCCCUCCUGCUCGCACUCGCAGGUUCCGCUCAAGGAUCCUCGGAGAGCACCCGAACCGGAAUCGGAACGGAAUCGAGUACAUUAAUCGAUAAAAAGCCCGCGAAAGAGGAAGCUCCCGCCCGCAAAAUGAUCUCAUUUAUACAGGAUUCGAUUAUCCUGGAACCCGAUGCUAUGGACAAGUGCCUCGAUGGCUAUUUCCACUGCAACAGUACGGCCCAGUGUGUGCCCCAGAGGGCCAAUUGCGAUGGCACUGUCCAGUGCGACGAUGCCUCCGACGAGAAGAACUGCGACAACAAGGCGGACAACAACUACUGGGACCAUCUUUUCCGGAAACAGUUCUUCGGCAUCAAUGAUAACAUCACAAUUGGCGAUUGUCUUUGGCGUAAUGAUAAUUUCAGCUGUCCUUGUCGCGGGGAUCAAUUCCUUUGCCGAUUCCAGCAAUUGAAAGCUCUUCCGGAUCGUCUGCCGCAACGCCUGGUGGCAACAUUAGACCUAACAGGCAACAAUUUCGAAACGAUUGAUGUGAACUUUUUCAAUGGACUGCCGGACUUAAAGAGCUUAGUCCUGAAGUUUUGCUCUAUCCGUGAGAUUGCCUCGCAUGCCUUUGAUGUUCUGGCUAACAAUACACUAAGGACACUUUAUAUGGACGAUAAUAAAUUGCCACAUCUGCCGGAACACUUCUUUCCCGAGGGCAAUCAAUUGAGGAUUCUAAUUUUGGCACGAAACCGACUGGAGACACUAAAUCGCAACGAUUUUUCCAAUUUGCCGUAUUUGGAGGAGUUAGAUUUACGCGGCAAUCUAAUAGGAAGCUUUGAGGCUGAGGUUUUUGCUCAUUUAACCAAAUUGGAAAGACUCUAUCUGAAUGAAAAUCGUAUAACAAGAUUGGAUUCUUUAAUGUUUCCUCGAACUCUUGGGAACCUAAUCACGUUGUCCUUGGCGCAGAAUCAGAUUGAGGAUAUUUAUAAACAGGCUUUUCCUUUUCCACGCUUACAGUUUCUAUUUCUAGCGGGAAAUCGUCUGUCUUAUAUAAGAGAAGAAACAUUCUGUAAUCUGACUAAUCUGCAAGGAUUGCACUUGAACGAGAACCGGCUGGAAAGGUUCGACCUGGAGUCCUUUGCCUGCCUGCAUAACCUAACAUCCCUGCUGUUGGAUGGCAAUCGUUUCCAGACACUCGAUCCGCGGGUUCUACAGAAUCUGAGCAGCCUGAAUUACAUCUAUUUCUCGUGGUUCCAUUUGUGCAGUGCCGCCAGUCAGGUACGGGUCUGUCAUCCACACGGCGACGGAAUCAGCAGCCAACUCCACCUCCUGGACAACCAGAUUCUGCGCGGCAGCGUUUGGGUAAUGGCCUCCAUAGCCGUGGUCGGCAAUCUUCUGGUCCUCCUCGGGCGAUACUUUUACAAAUCGCGAAGCAACGUGGAGCACUCGUUGUACCUCCGACACCUGGCGGCCAGUGACUUCCUCAUGGGCAUUUACCUGACGCUGAUUGCCAGUGCGGACAUUAACUUUCGCGGCGAGUAUCUCAAAUAUGAGGAGGCCUGGCGCCACAGCAGUCUAUGCGCCUUUGCAGGCUUCCUGAGCACCUUCAGCUGCCAGUCGUCGACGCUGCUGCUCACCCUGGUCACCUGGGAUCGUCUGAUGUCGGUGACGAGACCCCUGAAGCCCCGGGACACGGAGAGGAUACGCAUUGUCCUGCGUCUGCUGCUCCUUUGGGGCAUCAGUUUCGGCCUGGCCGCCGCCCCACUCCUUCCCAAUCCCUAUUUCGGCAACCACUUCUACGGCAACAAUGGCGUCUGUUUAUCCUUGCACAUCCAUGAUCCUUACACGAAGGGCUGGGAGUACUCCGCCUUGCUCUUCAUCUGCAUCAACACCGUGUCCCUGGUCUUUAUCCUCUUCUCCUACGUAAGGAUGCUGCAGGCCAUUCGAGACUCCGGCGGCGGCAUGCGGAGCACCCACAGUGGUCGGGAGAACGUGGUGGCCACGCGAUUCGCCAUAAUUGUGACCACCGACUGCGCCUGCUGGUUGCCAAUUAUCGUCGUGAAAGUGGCAGCUCUGUCAGGUUGCACAAUUUCACCGGAUCUGUAUGCGUGGCUGGCGGUUCUGGUUCUGCCGGUGAACUCCGCCCUCAAUCCCGUGCUGUACACCCUGACAACGGCCGCCUUUAAGCAGCAACUGCGCCGCUACUGCCACACGUUGCCGAGCUGCUCCCUGGUGAACAACGAAACCCGAUCCCAGACGCAGACCGCCUACGAGUCGGGCCUGAGUGUCAGCCUGGCCCACCUGGGCGGCGGAGUGGGUGGCGGGUCCGGACGGAAGAGGCUCUCCCACCGCCAGAUGAGCUACCUGUAAAGGAUGCAAGUAAACAAACGCAGCACGAGAUCGACAGACUUACAGAUAGUUGGGCCAUUAGGGUGGCAUUUUAAUCAUUCGGACAUUCUUCAUAACUUUGCCUUUGAACGAAAAAGACUUUCAUAUUUUAUU